CCUUUUUUAAUUUAACCAGAAAAACCUCAUAAAACUUUUACAAGUGUCCAUAGAGAGAGAGAAGAAUGAACGAGAUGAGCGAGAGAGAUUCUAAAGAGACUAGCUUUGAAGGAUCAAGCAUCAAGAGGAUGAGACUCGAUGGUGAUGACUCAGCUGUUUCACGCUCACAGGAGCGAACGGUUUCUUCUUCUCUGGCUUAUUCUGCUUCAGAUUCUGAAGAUGAAGAUCAUCGGAGCUCAAGCGUCAGCUCCGGCUGUUCUAGCAGCGAAAUCGCCAGAGAUACUGGUCUGCCAUUUUUAGAUCUCGAGGCUCAGCAGCAAAUCUCCGAAACCGAAGUAUCGUCAUUAAUCACCAUCAAUUUCAGAGCACAAGGAAGUCCAUCGAGCGAGAUUCUGGGAGAAAUGGACUCGGCCACGACGACGACCAAGACGGAGAGGAGAGUUGGGCAAAAGCAAGAGAAGAAGGCAAAAGCACCGACGCAGGCUGAGCUUGACGACUUCUUCUCCGCGGCGGAGAGAGGCCAGCAGAAACGAUUCACGGACAAGUACAACUAUGAUAUCGUUAAUGAUACGCCGCUUGAAGGUCGCUACGAGUGGGUUAGUCUCAAGCCGUAAAAGGCUAAGAAGAAGAAGAUGCUUUAGUUACACGACGUCGUAGGUACUCUGUGAGUUUUGUCACAGAUAGAGAGAAUCGUAGCUUAGGAUCGGUUUAUUUCGUUAUUGUACAGUCAGUCCUCUCUAGCUUAUUUUAGUUUCCUUAUUUAUCUUCUUCUUAUGUUCGUCGUACCACGAGAAACAAAAAAAGGACGCAGCUUUCUUUUUCAACUGAUGGAUUUUUUUCGAAAUU